AUGGGUAGCGAUGACGCAUAUCUCCUUAUGGCUGCCGAAGCCCUCGCCAGGAUUCGCGCUGGCGGAAUGACCAUUGAGGGCUAUGUACGCUCACUGCUUCGCCGUAUAGAUGUGCGUGACGUCGACGUCGGCGCAUGGGCCUAUAUAGACAAGGAUUAUAUCCUCCAGCAGGCGAGAGCUCUCGACAAGGUGCCAAUGAAUAAAAGAGGCCCGCUGCAUGGAAUGCCCAUUGCCGUCAAGGAUGUUAUUUACACUAAAGAUAUGCCUACGGCUCACAAUUCGCCAAUCUACAAGGACGACUUUCCCAAACUCGACGCAGCCUCCAUCAUCCUCCUCCGCCAUGCAGGCGCACUCUUCCUCGGCAAAACAACAACCGCCGAGUUCGCAGCCUCCUACACCGGCCCAGCCUCGACGCGCAACCCGCAUAAUCCGGCCCGCACUCCCGGAGGCUCGUCGUCCGGCUCGGGCGCCGCCGUCGGCGAUUUCCAGGCGCCGGUGGCCCUCGGCACACAGACCGGCGGUUCCACCAUCCGCCCGGGCUCCUUCAACGGCGUCUACUCCAUCAAGCCGACGUGGAACGCCGUGUCUCGCGAGGGCCUGAAGAUUUCGUCCCUGAUGCUGGACACGAUUGGCAUUUUCGCCCGCGGCGUCGACGACCUGGACCUCGUGGCCGACGCGUUCGGGCUGCAGGACGAUGAGCCGAGCAGCUUCAAGGGCAUCAAGGGUGCGCGCUUUGCGCUAUGCAAGACCGUCGUCUGGCCAAUGGCAGGCGAAGGCACUCGCCACGCCAUUGCUCGCGCCGUCGACAUCCUGCGUGCGCACGGCGCAGAGGUCGAAGAGGUCGAUCUGCCGCGCGAGUUCGACGACCUCCCGCGCUGGCACAACAUGGUCCUGCAGACCGAAGGCGAGACCUUCUUCCUCCCCGAGCACCGCAUCGCCAAGGAGAAACUCUCGCCGCAGCUGGUUGGCUAUGUCGACCGCAAGGCCGGCUACGACCGCCGCGCACAGCUCAAAGCCCUUGAUAGCAUCUCGGCCUUGCGGCCCCGGAUUGAUGAGAUUGCAGGCAGAUACACGGCCAUUUUGACGCCCAGCGUUAUUGACGAGGCGCCAGAGGGGAUUGAGUUUACUGGCGAUUCGGCGUUUUGUGUGAGCUGGUCGGCGCUGCACACGCCGGUGAUAAACAUCCCGGGCUUUCAGGGGCAUACCGGCAUGCCGAUUGGGGUGUCGCUGGUGGCCCCGAGGUAUCGCGACAGACACCUUCUCAAGGUGGCCAAGGAAGUGGGCAAUCUUUUCGAGGCAGAGGGUGGGUGGAAGCGAAAUGUAUAA